GUUAUUUUAUUUUUAGAGAAAGUUUAUAAUUUAUAUUAUAUUUCCUCGUUUUAUUAUAAGUAAUAAAGUAAAUUAUAAAAACAUGUCUGAAAAGGUCAAAAAGAAAGUGUUUAGUAAAUCUAGUGUUAAAGGUUGGUGGAUUCUUUUUGGUGUUAUAUGCGCGGCUACCUUUUUGACCCGAUUUUAUAAAGUAUUGGAACCAGAUCAUGUUUGCUGGGAUGAGACUCACUUUGGUAAAAUGGCUAGUUGGUACAUAAAUAGAACUUUCUUCUUUGAUGUCCAUCCACCUCUGGGAAAGAUGCUAAUAGCACUCUCAGGGAAACUGUCAGGCUAUGAUGGAAAAUAUCCUUUUGAGAAACCCGGCGAUAAAUAUAAUGGUACCAGAUAUGAAGGAAUGAGAAUUUUUUGUACUACAUUAGGAGCGUUAACAGUUCCGAUAACAUUUUUGUCAAUUUGGGAGAUGACACAAUCUUUGGAAGCCACAUCUAUUGGUACCAUUCUACUGUUAUGUGAUGUUGGAUAUUUAACUCUGAACAGAUAUAUUCUUUUAGAUCCUAUUCUGUUAUUUUUUAUGAGCUGUGCUAUUUAUGGAGCUUUUAAGGUGAGAACAUUAACAGAUACAGGUCUGCCGCCAUAUUCAACUCGUAUGUUGUCAUGGCAACUGUUCCUGGGCUGGUCUCUAGCAUGCACAAUGUCUGUUAAGUUUGUUGGUUUGUUCCUUGUAUUGUUUGUUGGUCUGCGCACAAUUGCAGAUUUAUGGAAUAUUCUAGGCGAUCUAACAAAACCAGUGAUGUUAACAUUGAAACAUUUAAUUGGACGGACCUUUACAUUAAUUCUAUGGCCGAUCAUUCUUUAUGUGUUCUUUUUCUGGAUUCAUCUCACAGUGCUAAGCAAAAGUGGCAACGGCGACGGUUUCUACUCGUCGGGUUUCCAGGCGCGUUUGGAGGGCAAUAGUUUGCACAACGCCAGUGCGCCACGUCUGGUGGCUUACGGAGCUCUCGUCACACUGAAGAACCACCGCACUGGCGGCGGCUAUUUGCACUCGCAUCAUCAUCUCUAUCCCGCCGGAGUGGGGGCUCGUCAGCAGCAGAUAACAACGUACACACACAAAGAUGAUAACAACCGGUGGGUGGUGAAACCCUACGACCGCGAGUCUGUGUCGGGUGGUGCGGGGGGUGCGGUGGUGGUGCGCAGCGGAGACCUGGUGCGCCUCACACACGCCGCCACAGGCCGCAAUCUGCACUCGCACAGGGAACGAGCACCUCUCUCACACAAGUACCUGCAGGUCACAGGGUACGGAGAGGAUGGUAUAGGAGACGCCAAUGAUGUUUGGAAGAUCUUAAUCUCCGGAGGGAAGGAUGGGGAAGAGAUCCAAACUGUGCGGAGCAAGUUGAUGUUUGUGCAUUAUUUACAGACAUGUGUAUUGACUACAACUGGAAAACAGUUACCGAAGUGGGGCUACGAACAACAAGAGGUGGCGUGUAACCCCAACUUGAGGGACAAACACGCGCUUUGGAAUGUUGAGGACAACUUGUUUGAUGACUUACCCAAGGUGAGUUUCGAUGCGUACGCGUCUGGAUUCUUGGAGCGGUUCAUAGAGUCGCACGCCGUCAUGUUCCAAGGCAACUCAGGACUCAAGCCCAAGGAAGGGGAGGUGACAUCACAACCCUGGCAGUGGCCUAUCAAUUACAGGGGUCAAUUUUUCUCUGGCAGUGGUCAUAGAGUAUAUUUAUUAGGCAACCCUGUAGUUUGGUGGACCAACCUUAUUUUCUUGGUUGUUUUCUUUUUUAUCUACAUCAUUAAUUCUAUCAGAGAAAAGAGGGCAGAGGCAUUUGGAAAACCUUUAAAAGGUAAGACUAAAAGACAACAUGGGGAUGGGGGAGGGCGUUUGCUGAACGCUGCGGGGUGGAGUUUCGUGGGGUGGGCGCUGCACUACGUGCCCUUCUGGGCGAUGGGCCGCGUGCUUUACUUCCACCAUUACUUCCCCGCGCUCGUCUUCAGCUCCAUGCUCACAGGUAUCUUAACAGAAUAUCUGUUACGUAGCAUCAAGAGUUACUUGAGCCCAGAGUUGGGGCGCAGCGUGUACCAGUGCGCGAUGGGUCUCGUCAUCUCCAGUACAGUGUACAGCUUCUAUCUGUUCUCUCCAUUGGCGUACGGCAUGACCGGUCCUUUAGCACACGAGCCCAACUCCACUAUGACCGGCUUGAAAUGGCUGGAGUCGUGGGAGUUUUAAUGUUCUAACCAUAAAUAUAUUCUGACCAUAGACUAAUAAAUCGAGUGUUUCGUUCGUAAAUUUCUGACACAAACUGAAAAUCGAUUUUUUUAAAUGUCAUUUUGUUUUGUAAAUGACAACACUGUGAGUAAUUAUCGCGGCAAAAGGAUUCCAGAAGCGUUGUUUUUUGCCUCCUUUUUGUCUAUAGGUUAUAUAUUCAUGGUUCUAACUAUGGAAACUAAUGUCGAAAAAUCUGUACCAUAAACAUAAGUAUGUUGUCUCUGGUUUUACAAACGAAAUUGAGUGGGACUACAAUAUUUUUAAUGGCGCUGUGACAGAGGAAAUUAUGGUUUUACUAUUAUUCAAGUGACU